CAUCCAUUCUCGAGCCGCAGUCUCUGUGCGCUGAGCCGAAGGCUGGCAUUGAGCGCGCGCGGGUGCGUGAGUGAGUAACUAGUAGAGUGCAUUACGGCUUAAAUAUGAGUUUCUCCAGCUGCGAAUGGAAGUGGACAUGGGGAAAGCCGCAUGGCACCUGGACACUUUGAAAGGUGUGGCUACACCUCUGAAGAGACGAGCUGCAUCGGCCGUCGAUCAUGGGCGGAAGAUAAAAAUCCUGCCAUUAAAUAUCUAUUUCUGGAAAUGGACCUGGCUCUCUCGUUUGCGGAUAGAGAUGAAGGUGCUUAUCCAGAUAUCUUCAGUUAUGGAAAAUCAAUGAUGAGAAAGAAGAUUUUCUCGAGAUAUCCACGUCAAUUCUACUGUAUGAUGGAUGGCGAGCCUUUCACUUCCACUCUUCUACCAGCAGGGGAUGCUGUCCUUGACACCGGAAUGACACUCGAGCAAAAGACUACCUUUGUCUUUGUCAUUUUCCUUUUUAUUUUUCUUGGGAUUCUUAUAGUUAGGUGCUUUCGGAUUCUGCUGGAUCCCUACAGGAGUAUGCCCACAUCUACCUGGGCCGAUGGGCUCGAUGGCUUAGAAAAAGGACAAUUUGAUUAUGCAUUGGCAUGAUGUGGUGUUUCAAAGUGACUCUUGAGGAAAUUAGGAGAUUAAAGGAAUUGUUUUUUUUUUUUGUAAUGUUCUUUUUCUACAUUAUGGUAUAAAAUCUAUUCUUUCUAUUCAUAUUUGUAAAUGAGAAAUGUACAAUGCCAAUAAGCAGACAUUUCUCAAAAGAGAAAAAGACAUGCAUAGAUGGAGGGUCACAAAACUUUCACUUUCCCAUUCUUUAGUAAUGCACUGUGAUAAAUGAGACUUAUAUAUGAUACCAAAUUAUAAUACCACAUCUAGAGAUGGCAGCCGGAGCACCCUUCUAGUUACCUUUCAUUAAUAAUUUUGUGAGACUGUUAGGCAUUUUUGUACUAAAAGAAAAAUGCUACUGUAUAAAGUAUAUUUUCAAUUUGAUUUCUUGCACCAAUUGCUUUAAGCAAGCAGGAUGCAAAAGAAAUUAGUUGUGAAUAUUUUAUUAGAAGAGCCAAACUGCAUUAGGUAGAGGGCCUUGAUUAGGAUGCUUGCACAAUGACCUCUACACUGUUGAAUACAUUGUUCCUAAAUUGAAGUGAA